CGCUGGACCUGGGUAGCCAGGCACCCUAUCCCUAUCUCCUCUUAUAAACCCCGGGCCCUAUCCACCUUGGGAUUAGCCCUCUCCCCUUAUUCUAUCUUGUCCCCUCUCUCACCCUCCUCUUUCCUCCAGCCACUACCAAUAAUUAUCUAUUUCUUUUCCACGUCCUACUAUUCCUCACCUCCAGUCGUUCUCUCUCUCUCCACACAACCCACUUCACUGAAGUUCAACUUCAUUCCGCCAUCUUUUAACGCCUGAAAUACACGGAGCUCGGGAGCCCACAUUGAUUCCACUCGUAACUCCACCUCGGUUACGAAAUAUAACCACCCAGAACAGGAAUCCUCCUUCUGAAUACGAACUUCCACGAUCAACAAACUUCCGUCCACAAACAACGAGAAACAAGGCAGAAUAGAACAGAUCAAGAGAGACUAUAGCGAGCAAGGAGCCCAGCACCGCACGAGACGUUAUCUCAGACCUCGACAGGAACCUGGUCGUGCGACAUUUAUCCAUCCCUUCCUCGGCCGCGCCACUCGACAGAGCCUCCAAUUCCGUCCUACCCCAAGUUACCUCACCCAAAAGUUGUCAUCAUGCCUGGGAUCUUCGAACGCAUCCAGUCCAGGAUCGAGUUGUUUCGCCUCGAGCGGCGCUAUACCCGUCACCGCGACAGACGAUCCACCUUCGUCUCCAACGCGAUCUACGUUGACGGCGAGUACAUCUACCAGACCCCCAACACCACAGGUUCCUCGAACAACAGCAGUGGUUCGUCCUCCGACUUCCAGAGCCCUACCAUCGAGAGCCCACCAUCUCCAUCCGCCAUGACUCCCUCUCCGUCGGCAGCCAUGUCCAGCAAGGAACGCAAGAAGAUGCACAGGUUCAGCUCCAUGCCCGGGUUUGGCUCCUCUGCCAACAGGGCAACGGCGACUCCUUCUGCCGACUGGAGGGCACAGAGGGCGAGCUUCGAUGGCGCAAGGUAGUCGGCUGAACUGGCCACUGUCUUGGACAUUCUAUACACACACACGCACACACGCAUAUACCUGCGGCAUUUUCAUCCAUCGUCACGAGAAAGAACAGCAUCUUGAUCCAACAACUUCAAUUUGUCUUUGCAUUGCUGUGGAGUUAUGGGCGACCGGGCUCACAGAUGAUGAACGCUGAUCCCCACGCGGGCUAGACAUGCCUUAGCCAUGCCGGGAAUGGAUCGACAGGGACGAGAGCUUCCCACGAGAGCAGUCCGCAUCCUAUGAUCACAUGCCUUUGCAUCUUUCACGACCUUGCAUUACGGGUGCAAAAGAACGGUUGUCAGGUGUCGCCUGACGGCGAUAUCAGAGGAGGAGGAGAAAUGCGAAUAGAGAGCAUUAGAGAAGGAAAAGAGGCGGCUAAAGGUGGUCGAGUUCUCCUGAGUCUUGGCGUUCUGUACUAUUGUGUUUGUAAUUUGGCUAGCCUGCACGACUGGUUUCGAUGGCCAGCAGUUUUAGAUGAUCCUGCAUGACCUACUGUAUAUAGUUUCGUUCUUGUCUUCUUUUGUUCCCACGAGAGCAUCCGCUUACACGGUGUCACCAGACAUUUUUUUUUCUCGGAAUCAACAAAGAUUAUUUCUACCUAG